AUGAAUUCAGACGAAGAAGAUUUUAACGACAUUUACGGUGACACUGAGAAGAAGUCUCAGGAAACUAAGACUGAGAAAGUCAAAAUUGACACAAUGGCUCAAUUGGAUCAAUUAGCUGCUUUGCAAGCCUUGUCAUCUAAUUUGAACAAGCAGAAAGAAGAGGAAACAAAUAAUGAUUUUAAUACUACAACUGCUGUUGGUAGUUCAAAUGAAACCCAAUCAGGAAACGACAAUUCAACCAAUAAUGGUACUGCAGCACCAAUGCCAUGGGAACAAUUACAACAAACUGUUUCUCAAUUACAACCAGAAAAACAAACUGAAUCAGAACAAAGUUCUUCUUCCGAACUUUCAGGCCCGGUUAAAGCAGAUAUAUCGAAGGAUCAUUGUAAAAUGUUUAUAGGUGGCUUGAAUUGGGAAACCACAGAUGAAGGCUUAAAGGCUUAUUUCAGCAAAUAUGGUAACGUCACAGAAUUGAGAAUCAUGAGAGAUUCUGCCACUGGUAGAUCUAGAGGUUUUGCCUUCUUAACAUUUGAAGAUCCUAAAAGUGUCGACGAAGUUGUUAAGAGUCAACAUAUCUUAGAUGGUAAAGUGAUUGACCCAAAAAGAUCUAUUCCAAGGGAAGAAAAGGAUAAGACUGGUAAGAUCUUUGUGGGUGGUAUUGGAUCCGAUGUUAGACCAAAAGAAUUCGAAGAAUUCUUCGCUCAAUUCGGUAAUAUCAUUGAUGCCCAACUAAUGUUAGAUAAAGAUACUGGUCGAUCAAGAGGGUUCGGUUUUAUCACUUAUGAUACACCGGAAGCUGUAGAUAGAGUAUGUUCAAAUAAGUACCUAGAAUUUAAAGGUAGAAAUAUAGAAAUAAAGAGAGCCGAACCUAGACAUGCCCCAAGGGGUUCAGAAGAUUCAUCUUCUGCAAAUGUCAACAAUGACACUAAUCAAUCUUCAAAUGUUCAACCUACUGGUGAUAAUACAGCUCAAAUGACAAAUCCAAUGGGUGCAAUGAACCCUAUGUAUAAUCAAAAUGCUAUGGGUGACUAUUUUAAACAGAUGCAAGAUUAUUAUCAACAGAUGCAGCAGCAAACUGGUAUGGAUUAUACCCAGAUGUAUCAACAACAGAUGCAACAGAUGGCUAUGAUGAUGGGGGGAUUUGGCAUGCCGGGAAUGCAAGGUAUGCCUGGGAUGCCUGGGAUGCCCGAGAUGUCAACUCAAACUCCUAACACAGAAAGUGAUGAACAAAGUCAAACUAGUGAUCCUAAUGUGCAAACUAUAGGUGCAGAACCAGUAGAUGAUUCGUCGUCGUCGCAGUCAAAGGAGGAUGGCACGACGAAAGAAAGCUCUCGUGAACCAGAGUUCCGUUUACCAAAGGGCCCAAGAGGUCCAUCUAAUGGAUAUCCACCAAGAGAUAACGAGCGUGGUAAUUACCGUGGUGGAAAUCGUGGCGGUUCUGACCGUCGUGGAGAUCGUCGUGGUGGUAGACGUGGAGGUUCUGAUCGCCGUGGUGAUCGUAGAGGCCGUGGUGGUAAUGGUCGUCGCCGUGGUGGAGGAGGUAACAAUGGAUACAGGGGCAAUGAAAAUGGCUACCAUCCUUAUGGAAGAGACAGAGAUUAA